AUGGUGCAUCAGAAUGUUGGCACAAACAGGGUACUUUCCUCGAACACCUUGUCGACAUUUUCCGAAUCCACCACCUCUAUACCCUCAUUUGCAGUCUCCUACUUCAUCAACAAUCUCAAAUUCUCCUCAGAAUCCGCUCUCAAAGCCUCCAAACUCGUCCAUUUCAAAACCUCCAAAAAACCCGAUUCAGUUCUCAACUUCUCAGAACCCACGGUUUCACCGAUUCAGAUAUACACAAAAUCAUCCAAAGAGAACCCUGGCUCCUUUCCUGCGACACCCAGAAAAGGGUUCUCCCAAAGUUUCAAUUUUUACUCUCCAUCUCUCUCCGUAACGUGUUUUCUCUGUUUUCUGCAAACUUUCACAGAAAUGUCGACGAUAGUACGCAGAGGUAUCCAUUGCUUGCAGAGACUGAAUUCAGCGAAUGUAUCAGCUGCUUUGCUAGAGAAGGGGCAAAAUCGUGUAAUCGAUGCUUCACUUACUCUUAUGAGAGAAAGAGCAAAGCUUAAGGGAGAAACUCGCUCGCAAGGGUCCUUAACCAGAAGCAAAGCCAGCUGCAGGCUCAAGUGGAAAACCAACAGGCAGAAGACAUCUGCCACUCCAGUUUAA